AUGGGUCGCCAGAGACUGCAGACCAUCGAUAUUAUUGAAGACAAGGGGCUUCAAGACAUCAUCAGGUUUGCCUCGGAUGACCCGUACCACAGACCACCUACGAAUACUACUGUCACAAGAAUCCGGAAGUGCUGUGAGCGCUGCCCUGAUGGCUGGGCUCGGUAUGGAGAACGCUGUCUCAAGUUCCACAAUACACCAAAGACCUGGUGUAAAGCUGAGACCCAAUGUGUGCAUGAAAGAGGGAACCUCAUGUCACUUCACAGUGCUGCUGAUGUCAAAAUUGUCAGAGACAUAGUAGCAGCUGCAACUGGUAUGAGGACUAAAGUUUGGCUCGGAGGCUACGACAAAGUUGAGGAGGGUUGUUGGCAUAACAGCGAUGGCUCUCCUUUUGACUAUGAGCCCUGGGGCAAAGGAGAGCCAAAUAACUUAGGAGGAAGUGAAGGCUGCAUGCAACUGCACAACGAAGUGGGUCAACCAGUCAACGACGCCCCCUGCAAUGUCCAUAGCGCCUUUAUCUGUGCCAUGGACAUCGAGGAGAUGGACGCUUAA